CGAUUUUUUUCAAUCCGCUUUCACAUUUUCUCAAUUUUUAUCAAUUCCAAUAGGCGUGGGUUCGAUAAGCAUCAAUCUAUAUCGUCUUUGCGAGUACAUUAUGGCAGAAAAUAUUGGUGAUGCGAGCAUAUUGGUCUUAUACAUUAUUAUUCAUUAUGGCUUUAUGUUUGUUGGUAACUACAUUAAUCAAGAAGUAAUAGAUUAUAGCAACGAUAUAUUUAAGAAAAUAUGCAACACUCGGUGGUACGCGGCUCCACUAAACAUACAAAAAUGUCUUGUGAUAAUAACAUACCGAAGUCUAAAGACUUCCGCAAUAACGAUGUGCUUUGGCCUAUUCUUGCCGUCUCUGCAAGGCUUCGCUACGCUUGUCAGUUCGUCGUUAUCAUACUUUAUGGUCAUUUAUUCUGUAAAUCGAUAAUAAUAAUCACAAAAUGUAGUUGUAAUCAGCAA